AUGGAAUCAAAUGUGGACAGAGUGAAGUUCAACAUCAGAGGCAGGACAUUUGAAACUUUGGUGUCCACCAUCAAAUCCAUCUCGGACUCCAAACUAGCGAACCUGACACCGGAUCACACGUCAUACGAUACAGAGAAACAAGAAUACUUCUUUGACAGAGAUCCCGAACUCUUCAAUGUUAUAUUAAAUCUCUUAGUCUCUGGAAAGUUGCAUGUUCCGAAACAUAUAUGUGGAGCUUUAUUACGAGAGGAGCUGUCUUUUUGGGAGAUCAAAAAUGGCAAUGUUAAGGAAUGCUGCUGGAGACAGUAUUUCCAACAUGAGGACGAUAUGGCGAUUUUGACGGAUCUGAUCCAGAAUGACGACACAAAAGAGUCUACAUCAGAUGGCGAAACACUUAAGGAGAGAAUAUGGCACGUGCUAAAUCACCCUGGGUCUUCGAAGUUGGCAAAGACUUGGUAUUGCUUAUAUCUGUGUGUUGUGGGUGUAAGUAUCCUGAUUUUCUGUAUUUGGAAUAUCCAAGACCUACGCACAGACCUGUAUGUAUCUGAGUUUAUCACACAUCACUAUCCCGACAUCCAUCUCUCCGGAAAUGAUAAACUAACGACUCUCAUUCUGACGGACCCAGUUCCGGUGUUGUUUGCUCUGGAAACAGGUUGUUUGUUAUUCUUCAUGACGGAAUGGAGUGUGGGACUCAUUGUCUGUCCGAAGAAGAAAGACUAUCUCACAUCGUGGACUCACAUUGUCAGCUUUGUUCUUGUAUUUACCAUGUUGAUGAAUUUCAUCAUGGAGUUCUUCAAGUCAAUUCUAGCAGAAAACGAAGUGGCUCGCUGGUUGUAUUUUUUGUGCAAAGCCAUAAGCAUGGUUCGACUAUUUCUUUUCGUUCGAAUUGCGCGUCGUUUUAGUGCUUUGAGAGUCCUUCUUCUUGCAACAAAGCACAGCUUCUUAGAAUUAUUAUUGAUGGCCAUUACAUUUUGUAUUGGAAUGCUGUUCUUUGCGACAUUGAUUUACUACGCUGAAAUAACUAACAGCGAUUCCUUUUCAAGCAUAUUUAUCUCCAUGUGGUGGGCUAUUAUCACCAUGACAACCGUCGGAUAUGGCGACCUAUACCCCACAUCUAUCGCUGGCUAUGUGGUAGGGGUUGUGUGUGCCCUAUCCGGUCUCUUGUUGCUCGCAAUGCUAGUAGCGAUUAUUAUAUCUAACUUUUCAGAGUAUUAUAGUCAAAAUAGUUUUCAUCAACGUUACCAAAGGCUACGAGAAGAGAAUGUUCGUAGGGAAAACGGUGAAUUGAAUAAUAUUCAUCCCAAACAAGACAUGAACGUUGAAAUAAAUAUUUGA